CGAUAUUAUUAUACUCGGUGAGCGGCUUGACUAGCCGCGUACAGUAAAAAAAAAUAAAUAGAUUGGUUUGGUUAAAUUUUUUAAAUUUUAGGUGUGUUGAUUAAUUGACAUACGAGAGAAUGACUUACAAACUAAUGUCCUCAACUGUGAGGAAUAUAUUUCAUUCUCGCUCACUAGUUUCCUCUCGAAUGACGUGUAGUGCCUUCGUCAAUCGUCAACCUAGUUGCUUACCAACAUUAGAACACUUUCAAUUGAUCGAAAACUCAGUGAAAUCCAUUCAUUGCAGAUCGUUGCAUACUACGACAAGCAAUCGGCUGGAAAACAGAAAUCAGCAGUCAGCCACACAACUGCCUUGUCUGAUGAAUAAUGCACCUCACAUUGUUUGGCCAAGCAUAUUUAAGGGCAUCAGCGGUAUGUUGCAGAUCGGUUGGAUUGUCAAACCUUAUUUUGAUAAUGAAUUUACUGUGGAUGACUUUCUUCGAGGAGCCAAACAGGCUAUCUUUAUCAUUGCCAACGCCAUCUCAGUGGGAGAUCUUGAGAGUGUAAAAGAAAUGUUGGAAGAAGAAGCUUAUAAUGAAAUUAAGGAAAACAUGAAAAGGUGUAGCAGUGAACAGUUGGCUCAAUUUGCUUUAUCAACUCUAGAAGACGUGUACAUGACAUUUCCGUAUCAAGUUGGAAUUAUCAUGAAUGAUAAUAAAGAAGGUGUUCAAGAACGAUUCGUAGAAAUUACAGUUUGCUGUCACAUUUUCAAAGGACUCAGUGAACUGCUUAAAAACUCGGACUUCCAACGUGGACCUCCAACGAGCACUUUUCAAAAGCACCGCGAUAAAAUCGUCAUCUGUAAUUACCGAUUCAUACGGGAGUUUACCAAAGGUGUUGAAGGCCAAUGGAUAGUCAAUGUGGUUCAUCACUUCAAUAUGGCAGAUGACAGCUAGUCUAUAGCUUGCGUAUAUUACAUCAUUUUUCAAAUAUUUUUCUUUAUUUCUAAUACAUUGCAGAUUGUAGUCCAAAACUUGUAGGUAUUCAAGUCAACUAAUUGUUAUUUUUCUUCCUUUAUAAACUCUACAUGUUAGCUUUGCAAUCAUCAUAGCUAUACCAUACAUUGCUAUCGCUCUUCUUAAUUCAACCGCCCCUCAAAAACAUUUGAUUGCCGAUUGCCUUGAAAGAUGCAAGGCAAGAUGGAUGGCAGAAAAGCGGGUGCGCGGUGAUUCUUCGCUCGAUGGUUUAGUGGUUUCUCUUUAUUUUCUUCAAGUUUAAUUAUUUAUUCAAGAUUUUUUUUUUGUCAGUAAUGAAGCCUGAGUUACUGAAAAAUCACUAGACAUAAUAUUUCAAUGGUGGUGUAGCGUAAAAUAAGACAAUCUUCAAAAUCGUUAAAACUACCUGCUGCUGGUUACCUAUAUGCUUUACUUUCCCACCAAUAGAUGGCGCUUAAAAGCUCUGCAGACGAUACAUCUGCGAAAACAACAAGCCGUGUAACAAGUAAACGUAAGCACUGGUCGUCCGCCCGUCCGGUAUACAACAAUUAUCAAUGGUUCACCUUUUUUAAUGAUAAUUCAACUAUUGUUAUUAAAUCACAAAAAAACUUAUUUUAAAUUGAUCGAAAUUGAUUUAAACCGCAUGGAACGCAUUCUCGUCCUACCGUGUUCUCUUGAAUAAAUUUCAAGGACAUGCCACAGACUGUGGACAUUAUGCAAAUGUUUGAAGGUUUUCAACCUGAUUAUGAUUAAUGGGAAAACUACCUUUCGAAGCUCAUUGUCUGUCAUUACUGAUUCAUUCGUGAGUACACUAUGCAUAUGUAAAUGACUAAUGGAGCGUCAAUAUGGUUCACCACCUUCAAUUACUAGUUUAUUUUUUGAAAACAAGCAAGAAUAGGAGAUUCCCCAAAAGAGAUGUAGGUCUAUUGAAUAUAGAUUUCCCGCCAAUGACCUAUCAUCAGACUCCGAUGAUCGGUGAGCUGCUCCAGUGUAAGAAAACACAUGAGGACCUAAAAUUGGUAGGAAUACAUCAAUACAAUCGCUUGGGAUACAAAGGAAAAUUUUGUUGAAAGGGCGAGAUCAAAAUGUUCUUCUGAAGAAUGAAAUGCAGUAUUCCACUUGUUUUACAUAUUUGGUUUUAUUCGCUGAAUUCUCAGGUGGCUUAGUUUGACCUCUAGAUGGCCUCGUUUGUUUUUGUUUUUUUUUGUUGUAGCCGCACCAUGGCCAUGAGGCAUGAGCCGCACUGCACCACCGCAGACGAUUUUCGUAGUUCAAUAGUUCUUAGUUCAGCAGCAUGGUUUCAGACUUCCCAGCAGCAGAUUUACUUGAGCCCUCCAAGUUUGAGUCUCGAUACAUAAAUUCUAGUCUUUUCAAGUAUGUUAUAGAUCAUUUGGCUUAUUAAAGAAUAAAUUACAGAUUAAUGUCGUCAACAGUGAGAAAAGGAAAAAUCUUUCACAUUCAUUCGGUGGUAUCCUUUGUCGCUCAAUUCGCUUCAAUUAACCACGUGCCUGCCUGCCUGGUUCUUAAUCAGAGCAUGAGAGCAAUCCCCGAUUAUUCGAAAACUCUUUAAUUCUACAACGUCGAUUUGCACAGAAAGAAGAACAGUUGGCAGUUGUCUAGAAAUUGACCCAUUGAGUAACGAAAAAUUCUUAUUUUCUAUUUCUCAACUGCACUCUCUGAUGAUCACUGGUACACAACAACUGGCCACUGCUCAGUGUGAAAUCUGAGUUGAUAUAUGGAAGUUUAUUUGUCCUCUACAUUUUUAGAAAGGCUUUGAACUGGGGGAGUUCUUCAGGAGAAAAUAAAACAAGCCCUUUAUAAUUUUCAAGUCUUCAAAGAAAACAUGAACAAAUGUAACAGUGACGAGUUGACCCACUGAUUUGAUGACAACAUUUCCAUACCAAGUUGACAGCAUCUUCCCUCGUGAAGCAGGUGUUCAAAAAAGGUUGUAAAAUCUUAGUCUUAAUAAGAAACAAGAGAAGUCUGAAGCCAAAUGUUUAAUUGUUUGGCGCUACCCGAUUCAUCCGAGAGAUUACCAACUGAGGCGUAGAGGACCAGUUGAGUAUGAAUGCGAUUUACUCAUUUAAAUUUAUCUUCUCACAACCUUGCGAGUAUGAAAAUUAAGAGAGGAAGAACAAAGGAUUCACCGAAAAGAUGUAUUGAAUGGAAUCGAGAUUGGUUUCACCACUUUUUUUUUUCUCUUAUCAUUCCUUUUAGGGAGACCUAGAAAAUACAUGUGCCGAGGAUACAUAGGAAGAGUGACUUGUAAAAGGGGCGAAAAAUGAAAAUAGUAAAAUUGAGAAAUGAAGUGCAGCAGCAUUUAACCCGUUUUGUAUUUUGUUUCGAUGGCUGCCCAGUCUCCGGGGUGAUUGUCCUUCAUGAAUUUGAUGAUUCGGUUGGAGUUUUCAACCUGUUUGGGUGUGCACCCACUGCAACCCUCAUUCAGUACUCGGGGAAUCAUAACUAUUUAAAAAAUUAUGACAAGUUAUUAAAAAUGUGUUUCAGCGCAAGUAUUUCAUAGAUUUCUUGUUUUUACCUUUCAAAUCUCUGCCGUUUUGUUCGCAGCGACCACGUUCCAAGGUGCAAUCGAUGUAGCGUUUGACGAGCUUUUCGUUCUUCAGGACAUUGUCGACAUCGACGUUUUCGAGUGCCAACUGGGCGGAGACGGUAGCGGCUAGGGCAGCCAGCACUACUAGGACUACGACGGUGGACUUCAUUCUCCUUCUGCGUUUAAAGAUAGACUGGUAUGAAUUGUCAGGAGCGCUAGCGUGUUUUUAUCCUCGCCAGCUGGGAGGAGACUUGGGGACGUGUUCAUUAAGGUGCGAGACGAAGAGAAAGUGUGUUGUCAUUGAAAAUGACCCACAGAGUAAAGGGAAGACGGCAAAAGAGAAAGUGGGAGGGGUGCACAUGCACUUUCACCAUCUCUCUCUCUCUGGCCGUAUAGGAUCCGUGUCCAAAUGUGCUCUUUUCAAGCGUCUUAUUUAAAUGGUUCUAGACAAGGGAUGAAUUUUAUAAUCCUCUUAAUAAAAAUAAAAGACCUCGGCCUGGCCUACCUGUUUGAUGAAAGCGUGUCUUCUUGUUGACUGCAGGACAACAGACGAUGAGAAUGACUGGUGGUGUCGGUCCCUUUUUAUACUUGGCCGAGAUGUCAACUUGAUAUCCUGUCCAUUUUCUUUCUUCCCGCUUAUUUUUAUUUUCACCAUGGUUGGCUUGUCUCUUUGUUUUCUUUCUCAAGGAAAUUGUGGAAGCGCCGCAGCGUGUGUUUUUCUUUUAUCAUUUCGCUCAUGUUUUAUGACACAAUCCUCACGUGACUUGGAGCCAUUUUACAAUUAUUGCGCUGAAAUAUGUAAAGCUGGGGCUUUCUACAGGAGCUGUCGCGAUAAAUACGACGAUGAAAUGUUAACUGGAAUUAACUAAAUCAAACUUUAGGAUCUUUGGUGUCAGAUAACGCCAAUAACGCGCUUGAGUAGGUCGACACGGAUAUUAACCCCAAACAGGGAUGUUUUUUUCAAAAGUUUCUAAAUCACAACACAUAGUUAACCUGUUUUUCAGAUAUACCUGCUGCAGUAUAGUUUCGACCCAGCUCAUCAUUUUCACUUCUCGAACUCUUGGUCCUUCAUUUGACCUUGACAUCAAUUUAAGUUUUCAUUUUCUUUCGUUUUCCGUUUAUUUUCCAACUUUACCUGCCCCUUCUAGGUGCUGUUGCUUUUAAACGGUCGUGAAAAAACCCCCUUUCUCCACCAUUAGUCUACUAGAAAUCAACAAACAGCUAGAAAUGCGAUAAAUUCCCUUUGAUAGGGUCUUGCCCACAUUUCAAACAUUUAUGGAGUAUGUAGUUUCAACAGGAGAGAGGUGCGCAAAAGAAAAAAGCAUGUCAGCACUGUUGCUGUGCGUACACAGUCUAACUUGAUCAUGUAAAUCGUAAUGCACUCAAAAGUAUCUAGUCCAUUGGCUAUUUCAAUCCAAUUAAGAAAUGCCAGGCGCACUGCGUUUGUGUACGCGUUACAUUCGUUUCUACCCCUCAAGGUGGUAUUGCGGAAUAGUUGCCGAUCGACGCUUACAUGAUCUCACCAGAGAUGAAAAAUAAAAUCCCUGUGAAAAUGUA